AUGAGAAAUCUAGACAUUCUAAAUUUUACUGAGGCAUCUAUAAAAGAUGAAAGUAUUGAAUCAUACGAACACAAACAGUAUAAUCCUGUUACUGGGGCAAGUCUAAACAAUCCUGGUGGUGAGAUCAGAAUCAGCAUCGAGACGCAAGAUAUAUUCACACAUCCGGGUGAGUCUUAUCUCCUUGUCGAAGGUAAACUCACAAAAGCUGAUGGUACAGAAUAUGCUGAUGACGCUGUCGUUUCUCUAACAAACAAUGCAACUGUAUAUUUGUUGAGUAACAUCAAAUAUCAGAUCUCUUCGCAAGAGAUUGAAUCUAUCAAUUCUCCGGGACAGGGAACUACCAUGUUAGGUUUGUUAAAAUAUCCCGAUGACUUUAGCAAAAGUCAGGGGUUAAAUCAGCUGUGGUUUAAAGACACGGCGGCUGCUCUAGAUGACACUCUUGAAAACACUCUUAAACAUAAUACAGGGUUUUGUAUUCGACAACUGUACAUCAUUCAAUCUCCAGAUCCUAAAGGAACCUUUAGUUUCAGGAUACCUCUCAAGCAUAUCCUCGGAUUUUGUGAGGAUUACAAUAAAAUCUUGUAUGGGAUGAGGCAAACGUUGACUCUCACCAGAAAGGGUAAUAAUGAUACAAUUUUCCGCGUAGUACCAGAUCCGGAUCCGGGGGCUCAAACUGGAAAAGAUAACGAUCAGACGAAGAAUUCGGCUAUCUUUGACAACGUUAAUUUGAGUAACAUGCACGUCACGUUAAAUGAAACUAGAUACCCCGCUAUUGAUUACAAUAUUUCAUUUAUUAAGCAACAGUUUAGUCGGGUAUAUGGCGACGCUGCGGCAUUCAUAUCCAAGUUUUUUCACAUGGAUGAGUCGGUGAGUAAUCCGAACAUCACUCCGAGCGUUUACAAGGAUUUAUAUCCACUCUUUGUGUUUGAUGUAAGCAAGCAGAGUCUGAGGCUAAAGACCUCUGUGACAGACAUCAAGGUCAAAGCGCAGUUCAAUGCACAUGUACCCGCGGAUACACAAGCAUUUGCUCUAGUCAUCUCGGAUAAAAUGCUAUCAUUUCAGUCAGACGGAGAGAAGAUGAAUGUUAUCUAUUAA